UUUCAGACUGUGUCUUCCAUACUCGUGGUCUUCUUCCUAACUCCAUCUCUGGCCCUCAGGAACAUCAGUGACAGCCAUCCUCUGGAUGGAUCUGUUGGGACCCAACUCAUCCAUAUCAACGCCUUCCGAGGUAUGGUCAGCAUCCGAGACAACAAUGUUUUGAGUCAAUGGGAUGGAAUCUUGGACUACAAGAAUGCCCUCUUUGUGGCUAAGCUGUUUAGCGUGAUGGCCUGUGUUCUUGCCAAGAUGGACCAAGCAAUCUUCCCAAGUUUGGAUGACAUUAGCAUGGCCCUAGGCAGGCAGGAUUCCAGUCAUUACCCAUCCACCCACGGCCUGACCUACACUGUUUUACCCAGCCGGAUCAAGAAUUUAGCUCAGUAUGGAAUUCUCGUCAAGGACCUGUGCAGAGAUGUCCCCACCUACUUUGCUCAUCAACAGAAAGAAGGUACUGCCCUGGCAGUCGACCCUACUUCCUGUUUUGCAAUCCAGCUUCUAUCUUUUAUGGGACUCUCCAUCUGUGGUGAGAUUCCUGGACUCUGAACCUCCAGGUCAGCUGCAUGAAGAGUGGACCCACUUGGCCUGGGCUGCUGGCCUGGAGCAGGUACCUGGCCCAGCCUCUGCCUAUGUGAAGCUGCUCAUUUCAGAUCUCCAUCUUCUUUCUUUCAACCCAAUACCCCAUUCUGAAAUCUGGGAAAAUGGAUAUACCCUCUUUCUCUGGGUUAGAACAAUAAAGCU